AUGAAAAAUAAAAUCGAUGAUGAUGUACGACUCUAUGACAUCAAUCGUGACGAGACAAGUCAACUAUCAACCACCACCUCCACCAUCUCUCAAACCUUCCACCAAUUCCCUCUCCUGCCCACCGAGCUCCGCCUCCAAAUCUGGAAAUUAGCAGCAGAAGAGGCAUGCUGCCACCGAAAGGUCCACCGCCUGCGGUUGGAACUUGCGCUUCUUCCUGCCUCCUCCACAACUCCCAACACUGAAAUCAGGAAGAUGCCACAAGCGCCCAAGCCAGUCCUAGUCCUUAUUCCCACAACAUCGCUCAAAUAUUCCACUUCCCCUAUUCGUAACCUUCUAACCGCCUGCUCCGAGUCCCGCUCCUCAAUCCUCGACGCACCCCAGCCUUUUCUACCUCACCAAAUAAUCCUCCGCCCUCCCACCGGCCAAAACUGCGGGAUCCUGCGCUGUAACUUCUCCCGAGAUGUCAUUUUGCUGGAGAACAUCUCCGACCUACUCCUUGUGACCUCGAAGAUCUUGUUGAGCGGUAGGGACUACAUCUACUCCUUCAAAACACUCCUCGGUCAGCUGCAAGGCGUGGAGAAUCUCGGUUUGGAUUUCUUGGGGAGUCACACUGCGUAUGGAAGUCUGCCUGAUCCUCCAACGAUGAGUUCGGCGUUUGCGGGGGCUGUGUGGAAGCUGGCAAAUGCGUUGGGGAGGUUGAAGGGUGUUUGGAUUUAUGCCCCUCGUGCCAAGCCUGGGAGGGUGUGUGAACUGGAUGGUGAUGAUGAAGAGGACGAAGUUGUUUAUGGCAAGAAGAGUGCUGCUGGGUUCAGUAAUGGGGAUGUGGCCGGGGGCAAAUCCGAAGCUGGCAACAUUCAUGCUUCCUCUGAUUUGAUGGAUGAUGCAGACUCGCAGUAUAUCAACUGGUAUGGCGGGGAAUAUGCUGGGGACAUGGAGUCUGAGGCAGAAGCAGAGGGGUGGUGGCGAAGGGUGCCAUAUCACGAGCUCUUGCGGUCAUUGGAGCAAGUUGCUAUCCAUUUGCAGGAUAUGUUGCAGUUGCCGCCGAGCUGCUUGGAUAUGAUGACGGAGUUGGAGGCAGUUCAAAGUUCGGUUACCGUGGGUUGGUUGCAGAGAGUGAAGGUCGGAAUUCUAGGGCACUUUGAAGGCAACUGGUGCUUCAAGAGGGAUAUGACGAUGGCCGUGCCGUUGCUGGGCGAAGACUUGGUUUCUUGGAUGCGACUACAUUUGGACGGCGGGGGAGGAGGAUGGCACGUGGAAAGCCAUUAUAGUGAUGAUGACUGGGAGGAGAGUAAUGGCCUGUGGAGUUGGAGGCAGAUAACGGAGAAUAUUUAUAGGUAG